CGCGACGCUUUAGCUCAUAGAUAUUCCUAGGAAAAUGUUUCGAAAAUGUUUGACCAGUUUGGCUCUAGUGAAGCCAUCACAAACCCAACCAUAUGCUGCCGCUGCUGUACCUUCUGUGUUCAAUCAAUUAUUGUUACAGCGAAAAGUUCACCAAUUUCCUGUAGCAAAUAGGCCACCAAAGAUUCUCAUAACAGGUGGCCUGGGACAAUUGGGCAUCGAGUGUGCCAAAUUGUUACGCUCUCAGUAUGGCAAUUCGAAUGUCAUUCUGUCGGAUAUCAUUAAGCCAAGUCAAGCAGUUCUCGAGAAUGGACCAUAUAUAUUUGCUGAUAUUUUGGAUUUUAAGGGUCUACAGAAAAUUGUUGUAGAUCAUCGCAUUGAUUGGUUAAUACAUUUCUCAGCACUACUCAGUGCGGUGGGUGAGCAAAAUGUUCCACUUGCAGUCAGAGUCAACAUUGAGGGCGUUCAUAAUGUGAUUGAGCUGGCUAAACAAUAUAAAUUACGCAUUUUUGUACCUAGUACUAUUGGUGCCUUUGGUCCGGAUAGUCCACGUAAUCCUACACCCAAUAUAACGAUUCAACGUCCUCGAACUAUUUAUGGCGUUUCCAAGGUACACGCUGAACUAAUUGGUGAAUAUUAUUAUCAUAAAUUUGGUCUAGAUUUUCGAUGUUUGCGUUUUCCUGGUGUUAUAUCCAGUGAUCCACCAGGUGGAGGCACUACAGAUUAUGCUGUGGCUGUUUUUCAUGAGGCUUUGCGUCAUGGUAAAUACACCUGCUAUCUGCGUCCCGAUACACGUUUGCCCAUGAUGUACAUUGAGGAUUGUCUGAGAGCUCUAUUGGAAUUUAUGCGUGCCCCCAAUGAGCAGUUAAAGCGUCGAGUCUAUAAUGUUACCGCCAUGUCCUUUACCCCCGAGGAGCUAUUCGAUAAGCUUAGCAAACAUGUACCAAAUCUUCAUGUGACCUAUAAACCUGAUAGUAGGCAACUAAUUGCGGAUGAUUGGCCACAGGUAUUCGAUGAUUCGGAUGCACGACGUGAUUGGAAUUGGCAGCAUAAAUAUGAUUUGGGCAAUCUAGUUGAUUUUAUGGUCAAGGAUGUGCGUGAUAAUUAUAUCAAUGUCGAGAAUGAGGAGCAACAGACCCUGAAGAUAUAAACCCUUUGCGAGCAGAUCGAAUCCAUGCUGCACAUAGUAUUCUUAACUCAAAAUCGAAUUAGAAAAUGUUGCAUUUAAAUUGCAUUUAUCCCCCCUUUGUCAAGUAAUGUACAAUUUAUGUUUUAUUUUUGAAAAUAUAUGCA